AUGGCUUCCGGUAGUGCGCCGAUCGAUCUCGACACCCCCAGCCCCAGACCCGCUCAGGCAAAGCGGCGAAGGGUUCACUGCGACGGGUCUGCGUCCGAAGAUGACGACGGCCUGCCUCGUGUUGGUGAAGCCCGGAGGAUCUUCCGCUCCCAUCUCUUCAGGUGCUUGUGCAAGGGAAACCUUGCAGAAGCACGCAAAGUCGACGCCACCCUCUACGGGAUGUCCGGCCCCGAGAAGGUCUCGGUUGUUACUGUCCGCUGCACCUCGUACUCCUGCAGAAGAACGUACGGUCCCCAUUUCUACAUCGAUCGAAGUGUGAAGAUCAACACCCUACCAGAUGUAGAUGUUGCCGAGGAGGCUAUAUUUCUCAGUCCUAAGAUUGGCUUCACGGUGAACUACCUUCGCUACCACAUGCUGUUGGAGUUCCGGGCUCUCGCUUCAGCUCGAGCAGCACUCGAUGUGUAUAGCAGGGUAUGCGACAUCGAGCACUGCAGUGGAGGGGGUCACUUCCGAGAUGUCCAUGGAUCCUCGAUCAUGUACUUCAUCGCUCUCAGUGAGUAUCCGCCCCAUGACUUUUGUUGCGACGGCCAUGCCAAGGCGCAUGUGAAAUGCGACUCCUUGGACAAGAAACACCCCGGAAAGCCUCGGGCGAACGGCAAACGGAAGCCAUAUGGCUACGGCUGGUUCAUGGCCGUCGAUCCUCGCACUUUGCGAGUUCUCGGGGUUUCCUGCCUUGACCAGCCGGAAGGCGAUGAAGUGAUGGACGGCAUCCUCACACGGCUCCUCCCCAAGUACCCGCUGCUCGACGGCAUCGUCCUGGACAGAGCUUGUGCCUUCCUUCCUCACGCAAAGCGCACCAGGGAGUUUGCGCAGGUGGGCUAUUGGUGUGUCGACUAUUUCCACGGUGCCAAGCACAGUGACCAAUGCCCUUGCAACCCGCAUUAUGUCCGUCGCCUUGCCCGUCGCUUUGCUAAUGUAAACACUUCGGCAGCGGAACAGGUAUUUACCUGGUUUCGCCAGUAUGCUAGAGUCUGCUAG